AAACUCGCAGAUAAUCGACACCAGAAACAAGGAAAGUUGGCGCAUUGCAUGUCAGUUGCGUGGUGUGUCAAUGUUUUCUUAGUGACCACGAUGACAAAUGAAGGAAAAGGAAAUCAACAGUUUUAUAUCUGCAGCUGUUUUAGGACAGACAACAUUUUCCUCGAAGACUACAAACUUCAUGUUCGCUUUAUGACGGAAGAGCAGUUCAGACGAGACUAUGAAGCCCUCCUGAAGAGGCUUGGCUGCGUUACCGAGCAACAGUUUGAGGAUGUCCUUAACAAGAUUUCCCAGGAAGUGGACAGGCGAAUGUGUCUUGCUGCGACAUCUGCUGACAGAGCUGCUAUCAUAAAGGACGCAUACCGGCCUCUACAUCCUCAUGUGUACCAUCUGCAGGAGACGUUCCUUGCGCCAGAGUUCAAGCAUAUAGUUAAAUUUUGUCAGAGUCGAAAUGUCACAUCUCAAAGUCUUUGUGACUUGUUGGAAAAAGAAACAGCUGCUAGGGUCUACCGCUUCCCAGUGUUCACCAAAAGCUUCUGCGACGAUCUGAUUGACGAGCUGGAGCACUUUGAGCGUUCUGCAGCACCUAAAGGUCGACCCAACACCAUGAACAACUAUGGGAUUCUUCUAAACGAACUUGGCUUUGAUGAAGGCUUUGUCACACCUCUUCGUCAGCAGUACCUACACUCACUCACAACUGUGCUCUACCCAGAUUGUGGAGGCCACAGUCUGGAUAGUCACAAAGCCUUUGUUGUCAAAUACGACAUAAACGAAGACCUGGACCUCAGCUACCACUACGAUAACGCGGAGGUCACGCUCAAUGUCUCCUUGGGCAGGGACUUCACAGAGGGAAACCUUUACUUUGGUGAUAUGAGACAGGUACAUUUUGCGGUGCCUUUAAAUGAGACAGAGUGUUCAGAGAUUGAACACAGAGCAGGCGAGGGCAUUCUUCACCGGGGCCAACACAUGCACGGCGCCCUGCCUAUCUCCUCGGGUCAGCGUUGGAACCUCAUCAUCUGGAUGAGGUCCUCCCAGGAGCGCAAUAAACUUUGCCCAAUGUGCAAUAGGAGGCCAGUCCUGGUAGAAGGGGAGGGCUUUGCGGAUGGAUUCACCAAACAACCCACUCUGCUGCUUGGUAACUUCUGUCAACUCACCUGACAUAUGCCGAGGGCACCACAUGUCUGACAGGGAGUGUGUCCGUUCCAUUAAUGACAUGAGGCCAUUUUUUUCCGAGGUGCCACAUCCACUGUUGAUUCAAGUGGGUAGCAAAGUUGAUGUGCCAUAAAGAUGUCGUGUCAGUAAACACUAAGCACUGUGAAGUAGUACACAAGAUUUCUUAUCAGGCAAUAUGGGGGCUGUUUGAACUCUAAUGCUGGUAGAAAUGAUGUUUCUUUGUUUAAUUCAAAGCACUUUUAGUCCACUUAUUUAAUAGGAUAUGACACAUGGCAUGUUGAGAAUGUACGCAGAACGCUAUUAUGUCACCACCUUCAGGAACGUAGUGGGCACAUGGUUGUCUAAUAUUUUGACAAGAUCUUUCAGAAAACUGAUCUGCAAACUCCAGAAUAAUGAUCCUCAUGUACUCUAGUGUGUUCAGUCAUGUAGCACAAGGUGUCUAGAUAUUUGUUACGUGACAAUGGGUUAGCAUAUUAGCAUGCUAAAGGCAUGGCUCCAGUAAGCCGUUGUGCUUGUGCUGUAAUCCAAUGAUACUAGAAACAGUCCAUUUUAGAAUACUGUACUUUUAAUGUAAUAUUUAAAUUGAGAAACAGGUAGGCAUUUUGACACAUUUUUCAAAUGGGCCUGCUCAUGGUUAAGUUGUUCAUUUCUCAUAACAGUAUUUGCGAAAACAGAAACCUGUACUCUACAACCUGCUUAAUAAAAACCUCAAGAACAUCAAGACA